CUCGGACACUCAGGACGCCCGGACACGCGGGAUAUUCUGGGAUGGAGGAGGCGGUGGUGAAGCAGGGCGAGAUUUACCUGCAGCUCCAGCAAACCUUCGGGAAGAAGUGGAAGCGCUGCUGGGCCGUGCUGUACCGGGACACCGCGCGCUCCUCGGCGCGCCUGGAGCUGCGGGAGGGCGCGGAGCGGCCGCGCCGAACCGAACCGGGCCGGCGGCUCGUGCGGCUCCGCGACUGCGUGCGGGUGGCGGCGGCGGGAGAGGGCCCCUGCCCCCGGGACACCGUCCCGUUCCUGCUGGAGACCGCCGAGCGCCGGCUGCUGCUGGCCGCGGAGAGCAGCCAGGCGGAGGAGUGGGUCCAGCGGCUGUGCGAGCUGGCGUUCCCGAGGAGCCAGGAGGAGCCGGCCGGGGCCAAGGAGGGCUCGCUGGGCACGGAGGGCGAGUUCUCCAUGGAGGAAAAUUCGCUGUACAGCUCACGGGACAGAGGCGGCCCGGAUCAGUCCUUCGAGGUGACAGUGCGGGUGACGCCCCCCUCGCAGCGCUGCCGGCUGCGCGGCCGCUGCAUCCUGCGGGCGGCCGAGGACGCGCUGGAGCUGCGGCAGCCGCAGAGCCUGGAGCUGCUGUGCCAGUGGCCCUACCGCUUCCUGCGCCGCUUCGGCCGCGACAAGGUCACCUUCUCCUUCGAGGCCGGCCGGCGCUGCGCCUCCGGAGAGGGAAACUUCGAGUUCGACACGCGGCAGGGCGACGAGAUCUUCGCGGCCAUCGAGGCGGCCAUCGAGCGGCAGCGGGGCCGGGGCGGCCCCACGGACGGAGCCCCGCGGCCGCCGCACCACGCGCGGACCCCGAGCGGGGCGCACGACGAGCCCGGGGGUCCCGCCGGGGAGGGGGUCCUGCCCGGAGCGGAGGGGAAGGGGGCGAAGGGCAAGGCGGGGGCGCCCCCCGGGGCCGCGGAGCCGCCUCGGGGCGCGGAUUUUCCCUACGCCGAGCCCCUGGAUUCGCUGCGCCGCGGGAACGCGCCGGGCGGGGAGGGAUGGAGAGCGGAGUGCGAGUACGCGGUGCCCUUCGACACCAUCGCCAAAUCCUUCCUGAGCCGCCAGCUCGGCCGCCCCCAGGAGCAGCCCCCGAGCGCCGGCAGGGACGCGGGGCCGCGCCCCACCGCCCCCAAGCCCGAGCACAUCUACGACGAGCCCGAGGGGCUCUCGGCGCUCUCGGUGUACGACGAGCCCGAGGAGGUGAAGGGCGAGGCCUGGAGGCUGCAGGCGGCCCCCGAGGAGCCCCCCGGGCUCGCGUGUCCCUACAACGCCCAGCGCGAUGACUACGCGGUGCCCAAGCGGCGCGGCCCGCGGCCCCAGCCCUUCCUGCUGCACGGCAGGGAGUGGCUCGGCGACAGCGACUACGACAACGUGGCCCUCAAGGUGGCCAGGAGCAGGAACCUGCAGUGAGCGGCGGGGGCGGCAGCAGGAGGGGACGCCCCAAAUCCUCCCGCUCGGACUUUAG